AUGUAUCAUCCAGCCGGUGCUCGGCAAAAGGACGUCUCAACACGGCUGAUCAAGCCUACAUUACCAGACAUCAACACAAAUAUUGUUCUUGAUCUGGUUACCAACUGGAAUUCCGCCUGGGAAGUUGAUGGAGGCAUUUCAAUUUACGAUGAAGGUAUAGCACAGUAUUUGUUAACAGAUAUGCAGUCACAUGAAAAGUUUUUUGCUGCCUUAAUAUUAAGAAAACCCAGUUUACGGUGUCGGAUAACCAAUGAAGAGCCAAAAGAUGUACUUGACGAAGAACGAGGGAACCGAUUCACCUUUCAUGGUCACGAUACCGGGGCGCUGAGUGAAGCACAACUGAAACAACUGGAAUUCCUCAAAGAUGUUUUAAGGAGACGAGGGUAUCGUUUUGAAAACUGA